UAAUUAGAAUAGAAUUAGAUACAUUUUAAUAUUUGAAAUUUUGAAAUAACAUAUUUUUUAUAUUUUUACCUACGUGAUAUGUGACAAUAAAUGGUUAAAAUGGGAUUACCAAGUGUCUGCCGUUGUUGUUUAGCUGAAGGAAUGCACAGAGACAUUGAUAUCCCAUACAUUAAUGAUGAAAGUAAAGAAAUUUAUUCCAACAUGCUUCAGGAAUGUUUUAAUAUUGAUCUAUCUACACAGGAGAAAUCAAAGUCAAUAUGCCUUAAAUGUAUUACACGAUUAAGAGAUGCCUAUGAUUUUAAGCAGCAAGUUGCCUAUUCCGAAAAGAUGAUUACUAGAGUAUUGCAGGAGAGAAUUGUUGAGGCAGUACCUAUCAAGUGUGAAAUGAAGUCUGAAGAUGAGAAUUGUAAUGAUGCAGAAGACGGCCUAUUCUUAAAUGUUGGCAUUAUAUAUAGUUGGUAUAUGGAAAGAAACAUUACAUUAUGGACAAGGGAAACUAAGCCACGUAAUUUCUAUGUUUUAGUUAAAGAAGAAUUAAAAAAGAAAACAAAAGAAAAAGUUAAAAUAAAAAAACCAAGGGGAUCAAAGAGAAAUUUAGCUCUUAUAAAAAGAAUUUCAAGUGAGUAG